GGAAGUGACGCAUUAACCACAGGGGAGUAAAAGCUGACAAACAAUACAGAGGGGUUGAGUUGUCUUUUACCAAGUAAGUACAGAGCUGUGGCUUACAUACCACCAUCUUCCUGAAGGAUAAAGACUGAGGAAGCUUUAAUGGUGUAGUUGCUUUCCUGUCAGCAAAAAGGUACCAAAGCAAAACUCUUCAAGAACCCUGUACCUUUCCAUUUCACCAGGACUGAGUUACUAUAAUGGCUAAUACUACAAUCACCGUCCAGCCAGGGGUGAUGUUGCCGGCUUAUGCCAAAACUAGCACAUGGAGCACUGGCUUGUGUGACUGCUGCGACGACAUGAGCGUCUGCUGUUUUGGUUUCUGGUGCCCCUGGUGUUUGAUGUGUACUACCAGCCAAGAGUUUGGAGAAUGCCUUUGUCUCCCUCUGCUGGAUCUGUGCUUCGGGGCCCUCAUACCACCCGCCAGUUAUUCUGUGAGAAGUGCCAUGAGAGAGAGAUACCGCAUCCAGGGCACAAUGUGUGAUGACUGUUGCGUGGUGUCCUGCUGUGGAAUCUGCUCAUGGUGUCAGAUGGCCAGAGAGCUGAAGCUCCGCAGACAGCCCCAGGUGUUUGUGAACCCGCCGGUGAACGUGACCUACCAAGCACCAGCGAACGCACCGUUGGUGAAUCCGUCCUACCAGCAGCCUGCUGUGAAUCCGGGCUACCAGCCACUGCAGCCUAAUAACCCUCCUAUGUACGCCCAGCCUUCCAAGUCAACUGACCCUCAUGGUGCAGGACUGUAUCCGGCUGUAUAAGCUACAUAUAAUCUACAGAAUUCUAUAAAAAGUCUAUUUUAUGUAGAGUCUUUUUUCCUGCAUUUUUAUAGUUUCGAUUGUAGUUCGUUAUGUAUGUUUGAAAGAAUAUAUUCACAAGUAUACAAAGUCUAUUUUUGUGUUAAACCUGUUCCUUUUUUCUUUGGAGGCAUCAUUAAAACAUAAUACCUCACAAUAUUAA